AAAAGAAUGGCGCAACUAGUGUGUUUACCAACUUCGACUUUCGACACGACUGAUCGCUGCCGGCACAGUUCCGAGGUAGUUGAGAUUUAAUACAUGUGCGAAGAUUUAAACAGCCAUAAAGUUGAAAUAACAGUCUACGAAACGAGUUUAAUCGCAAUAUAAUGUGAGAUAAAAUUGUGAGAACUUUUACGUAAAGUAUAAGUGAAACGAUUAGAGAAACGAAAGGGCAGGAAGUAGAAAGCGUGACACAAAGAAAGAUGAGCGUCACCGGUAGAAAGCUCUACAACAAGCUUCGCGAGCUACGUCCAGAUCUGUCGGGGAUCACGUCCGAAAUGUUGAGCAAGGUCUGCGACGAUCCGAGCACGCAGCCGUUCCUUGAGUGGUUCUGCAAGAACGUGAACUAUGCCAAUAUACUCUCCAGCGAGGAGAUACAAUUAAAAACAACAUUGGAAAAUGCGGGCGAAUGGUUGGAGGGCGAAGCACUGGACGUCGCAUUGGAAGAAGCCACCAGAGAUUGCCCAGACUUGCUGAAGCUCAUUGAUCCAGAUGAUACAUGUCGAGAGGAUCUAUUUGCGGAAUACGAAGCAUUGAAGGAAAGCUGCAAAGAGGAUGAGGAGUAUCUUCAAUUACUGAAGCACAGUAUAAAAACUCUGAGAGAAAUUGAGAACAAGUUGGAUGACGACAGCGAAGAAGCGGAAACUGUACUGAAUAAGGAGCAGAUUGAAACUGAAAAAGCAUACGACGAUUGCAGUGUUACUCUGAAAAAAUUUGACACAAAUAAUUCUCAGUUUUCUAUAGAUGUUGAGAAUCUCCUGAAUGUGUAUGCCAAUGCUGCUAAAAAUCAAGGCAGUGCGGUAUUAUGGUCACAAAUGCCUAUCGACUUGUUUAUUAAACAAAUCGAACUCUGCAAUCACUACCUGGGUAUUCACAUAAAGAAGCAAUUUGGAACUAGCACUAGCAAGGAGGAACAAGAAGAGGAUUCGGAUUAUGGAUCUCUAAUAAGUGAUAAUAAGGACAAACUGAUGGAUGAAAGGAUGCACGAGUUAUUCUUGUGUAAGACAAACUUAACCAAUUCUAAAUUGGAAGAAAUUAAUGCCAGUGUUCAAAAAGAAUCUUACAUGGCUAUGUUACAAUGCAUACAGGAUAUCUACAAUGGUGGAGUUUUAAAAGUGCCCAGGGAUAAUAAAUUGCACGACGAAAUACAAAUGUUAACUAUGAAAAGAGAUAUCUUGGAGCAGAAUAUCGAGCUUUUGCGGGACCAACAGAUACCGGAGGUAGUGCAAUACGCGGAAAUGGAAACGAUAAAGAUCCUGAAGAAUGACGCACUCGCACGUCUCGAACGGAGGAAAGCUCGCCUCGAGAAGCUCAAGAAUUUACACUCUCUCGCAGGAGAGCACGGGCAUGUUUACGUGGACUUGUUGUGUAUGUUAAUGGAGAUGCAAUUUCGCUGCCUGCACGAGGUUGCUGAAUUCAUUGCUGACGCUCGUCAUUAUCUUAGUACGGAGUAUAAGCUCUCUUCCGCAAGAUGUGAGGUCAUGCAGCAAAUACAGGAUGAAUAUGCGACUCUCGUAACACAGUCUCCAAAAACGUAUAAUGCGUUUAAUAAAAUAUUCAUAUCCAUGAUGCUCGGCGACAAUGUCUCGGACGAGUCGUUCUCUACCGCGUUGAAAAGAUACGAUGACUUAAUCGCGGACAACGUGGAGAAGAAGAAAGCAAUGUUGGAAACGUUUCAGAAUAAAAUUGACAAGUUAUGGAAAUUGAACGAUGAAAUUAACAAGGAUUACGUAGCUGAGACACAAAAUGGACCAACGAUCAGUCUCAGGCCAAUUUCGUACGAAAUCAGCUGCAAGUGCGAGGAAAUAUCCGCAAUCGUUCAAAACGUGCAGGGAGACAUAACAAAAAUCAGGAAUCAGUUCAAAGAGCGAAUGAGGAUGGACACCGAUCUAGAACGCGAGAAGGCCAUUUUAUGGCAAAGGUUCCUGGCAGAACCCGAUACAUUAAGAAUGAGAUAUGAGGAAGCGAAGCAGAAAGCAAAUGAGUCUCAUUUUGGAGAUACCGUGGAAAGUAAAGUGAAUCAGUAAAUUAACAAUAUUACAAAUUGUUUGAGGAAAAAACUAUUCGAACAAUUUGUUUAUAAUACUGUUAAUGUACAGAUGUGUUUAAUAUUUAAAAUGCUUAUGUAUUUUUAUAUUUUGUAUUUUUUAAAUCAAAAAAAUGUUAUAAAGUCUUGCAAACUUAUAUCCUCGAGUGUGGUACUCGAUAAAAUGCCAAGCCACUCGGUCUCCUCUAAUCUCGCCUUUCCAAACAGGAUUCUCUUAAAAGUUAUUAGAGGAAACCCGAUCGGCGCUGUGAGUUUUCGUGGAUGUAACACGCGCUGGGCAUUACGUGGUCGCGAUAAUGAAUGAUUCGUCCCAAGGACAAGAGUGUGUGUGCGUGCACGCUGAGCGCACGCGCAUAUAAACACGGUGGAGGGAUGACGUAGAGGAGGUGUCCGAGUGUAACCUUGAUCCGCGCGCAUCGACAUCCCCUCUCCCCUGCCCCGUUCUCUCAUCGACGUCUUGCCCCUCCGUCCUUUCCUUCGUUCCUCCCCACGUCGCGAUGUUUCGUUCAAAAUCGCCACGCUUCCGAAAGAAAGAGAGGUAAAUAAAUAGAUCGGCAUGUAUGUACACAAAAGCAUCUACAGACAAACGUUUCGUCUUUACGAGACGCGGCGUCUUCGAGGGCGUAUCUCGUCCGGCCGUGGCCUAAGUUCCUCGCCACGGAUACGUCGGCGUUUUCCGAUCGACAGCGACGCGUGCUCGCUUUCUUAGCAGCGAACAAAAUAGCGGUAGGGAGGGAAGAAGAAAGGUGAGAGAGAGAGAGAGAGAAGAACACGGAACGGGGAAGUGGCGAGGCAAGGAGUAUUAUCGAUUCGCCGGGGACCCGCGAGUUAACGGUUUGUUUACACGAACCGGCGAGCGCGGGGACGGACGGGCACCGGGUGGUGAACGCCGCGCAGGGGUGAGGAGGGGGAAAAGCGACGGCGCGCAUGCGCCGCCCGACCAAAACAAUAAUAACACAGUAGAAGGUUCAUGGCUGGCGGACGAACGGGCGGCCGCUCGCUCUUCGCUCUCCGUGCUCGCUGAGUACCUGAACUGCUGACGCUGCUCCGCUUCGCUCCGCGCGCGCGAGGCGAUCCGGACCGAUCACGAGACGUUUGCCGUCGUCGCGCCCGGUGAAGUCACGCCAGAUAAACAAAGGAGGAGCAGCGGACGGUCUUCUAUAACGCGUUGCGAACGCGCGUGUGUAUGUGUGCGUGUGUGUCUGUGAGUAUACGUACCCGUCGACAAGUGCGUGCGGUGCGCCUCUCGAUUCGGCGACUCUCUCGCGGAGAGAGAGUGCGUGUGUGUAUGUGCGUGUGCUCGACGGUAAAAUCCGUGGGAGAGCACCGCGAGACUACCUCGAGAUCCGGACGAGUGUCUUCCGCGAUCGACUGACAUUUUAAUGUGCCGCGAGAGAGCCGAGUAACAAGUGGAUUACGAGUGGCGUAAUCGUGCCGCCGUGGAAUUGCAACUACCUCAGGAUAGGAAAAA